AUGACUUCCUUGCAGAUUGCGGAUGUUGAUCAUUCGCCACUAGUCAACGUCUGGAUCAACGAGACGUCUAUCGGCUACAACGAUGAAGGCUCCAAUCUUGGUUCUCUCUCCAAGCAAGGAUAUGCGCCGACGCGAGUCUUUGUAGAGAAAAAGAUGUCGAUGUGCUUCGCCAAUAAUGAUGUAGAUGAUCUUAGACUCAAAGCGACCCUUGAACGAGCCAGCGAACUGGCCUUGUUGUUGAAAGGGCCACGACGUUUUGGGUUCGCUACUAUGCCAUGCUUGGGUGUUACUACUGAUCUGAAUGACAAAAGUAUUGGACCAGCUGGCGAAAUGAAGCUGGUCUCUGAGCUUGCGGCAGCUGCGGACCCCGUUGCGCACUCCAAAUUGGUGUGA